CUGCACUUUCAUAAAUGCGACUUUGCGCAGAUCAAGAUGGGCGAAUCCGCGAUGAACGAAUUCAUGCCAAUCAUCCUCGAGAUGAUGAAGAACCCACCUGAUGCGAACGAAUCGAUACCCGUGGUCAAUCACUUCAGCACCGCGAUUGCGGUCACAAUGCCAUUCCUUGUCCUCAGUGUCGUAGCCGUAGGCCUUCGGCUCUACACCCGACUUCACCUCGUCCGUGAACCAGGCUGGGACGACGUGUUCGUUGCAAUAGCCGUAAUCUUGAACCUAGUCGGCCAAACGACGUUUCUAGGAGGAGUAAAAGCUGGAAUCGGCCAGCAUCUCAUAUACAUCCUCGGGAGGCUUCCAAAUGCAAUGAAGUGGUUUUACGUUGCUAACGCGGCAUACACUUCGACGACUGUCUGCAUCAAGCUUUCCUUAAUAUUGCAAUACCUACGGCUCUUCCGCGAAGGCUACCGCCGCACGAUCACUCUCAUUGUCCUUGCUGUCGUCGUUCUAUGGGGCGGUACAUUCUCCUUCAUGGCAUGGUUUCCUUGCUUUCCGGUAUCUGGGUUCUGGAACAAAACGAAGGCACCUCCAGCAACUUGUUAUGCCUUUGGCUAUCGAACCACUCAUGAAGCAAGAAACACGUUGUUUGCUUUCGCCGGCUCCAACAUGUCGCUAGAUAUCCUGGUCUUCCUCAUACCACUUACGGAGUAUUUUCAACCCAACCUGAAGCGAAAGCAGGUGCUGGCAAUGACGGGAUUAUUCGGUGUAGGGCUGAUCGUGAUUCUUAUGGCCGUUUUACGCCUCUGGAGCGGCCUGAAGUACAACAACCGCGGCAUCAUCAUGUACGACUAUACAUUCUGGCUACCCGAAGUCCUGGUUUUCUCAUGCCUCGAGAUCGACUUCGCGAUCAUAUGCGCCUCAAUGCCUAUAUUCUGGCCCAGUGUCGUCGCUGCCUGGAACCAGAUCUAUGUCACGAAAGAAGUCAUCGUUACUGUUGAGCAUCGCGACGAUGAUAACAAAGGCGACCUAGAGAUGGCGAGGACAUCGUCGAGGAGAAGCAAUGAGAGUACUGAGGGACUGGUAACAGAAAACAGUACGGAAGGGCGGUCAUUCUUCAUAGAAGACCUGCCCACACUAAGGAUAGUGCAGAUUCAGCCGCUCGAAGAGACAGUGCGUAUGUCCUGGGGCGGUACAGCGCUGAAGAAAUAG